ACAACUCAUUUGUUUAUUUAUGUGCUCCAUAAAAAUUAAACUGUAGCGCAUUCUUCCUCCGGGACGCCAAAUGAUGUGAAAGAAGCAUAUUUUGAAGUCUCACUCCUCUUUUUUUGUUUCACGAGUUGCCUUGACGGAAACACCAUGGGUCGGCUGGAUGAUGCUGCCAAACGCAAAGUGGUGGAACUGAGGAAGGCCGGUCUUAGUUUCCGCAAGAUUAAGGCAGUGCUGGAGUUGGAAAACAUCAAGGUGUCUGCACAGGCCAUCUACCUCUUCCUAAGGGAGUUCCAGGGCAGGCGACCAGGCAGGGUCAGACCUUUGAUGAUUGGUAGCAACACAUCGCCAGCAGAUAUACAGAGUCUACCUGGAGGUCUGCAAGAGAGCUGGAGCAACAUACGGCUCCAAAACCUGCUGCGGGAUGUGUCUCAUCAUGUCGGCUUGACUGCUGCAAACAGGUUUGCUAAAAAGGCAUCCACUGACCCGGAGACCAAUGCAAAAGCAUCUGGGUCUGGGGAAAGCAGCGGAGACAGCAGGCCGGUGCAGCAGCAGCAGCAGCAGCGUAUGGAAGAUGGGGAAGAGAAUGACAUCCAAAUUGUGAGCGUCACCUCUCUUGCACAGAACAGUCAACGAAGAGCCGACACGAUUGCGACAACAUCUUCAUCCGGAACAUCGUCUUUGGCCUUCACCAGGCGGCGAGUCACUCCUUCUCCGGCCACCAGUUCCAUGUUGGCAGCCCGUAAGCGGCUUUUGGAUAAAGCACUGACACACAAGAUGAAGGUGGCAACAUUGUUGAGGAGAGAUCAUGCAAACGUCACAAGUUCAGAUUUAACUGCAAUGACGCAACCACAACAGGCAUCAGCAUCCUCACAUUAUGAUCUGACUACAGAAAAGACUGGACUGGAGGAUGGUGGAGGAAACACAGCCAGGCGCUUUGUCGCACAGAGACCAGGUCUGCCCCUUCGUUCCGUGCACACUCUGCCACGUGCUGGAAUCCGUCUUCCUAACCGCCCGCCAGCUCCUUUAACUUCCGUCCGCUUGCCGGCUUCCGGAGAUCCAGGGCCAUCUUGUAACGAGGGUAGCCAGCCGCAACAGGUAAUCCAAGACCUGAGGGGUGGUCUACAGGAUCAGAUCCAGACUCUAGGCAGUGAGGUGCGCAGCCUGGGCCUGGCGGUGAAGAUGCUGGUAGAGCAGCAGAGCCGCCUGGAGAGGGAGCAAGCGCAGCAGACGCACAUCCAAAAGCAGAUACUCAGCACCUUGCAGACCCUCGCCUCCAAAGUGGGACCUUGCAGCAACGUUCAGCCGCCGCAAAACAAAACACCUUCUCCUUCCUCCUUGCCCGCCACCUCUUCAUCCGCUGCCUUUAACCAAGAUACCUUUAACUUCAGCCAAGUCACAUUCAGCCAGUGCAGCCAAACCCAGGCAGCCUUCGACUCUUUAGAGAGUUUAGAACCUGUCGAGGCCUUUAAGCUACCGGUCUUGAGCCCCGCCGGUAUGAACGGAUUCCCUCCGUGUAGCAGCAGUGAGAGCCUCUCACUCACUCACACCCCGCCUCAAACUCAAUCGUACAUGGCCGCAUACCCUCAGCAAAACUGCCUCAUGCCCCCUUACGCUCAGUCUUACGUGCCCACGUACGACAGGUCACAUACGUACAGAGAGGCGGGAAGCAGCUGCUCCAGGAGGACUAAUCAGGACUGCAGUGUGUCCAUGCAGGAUGAACACCUCAAUAUUAUUAAAGUGGAGGGACCCUAAAUUGAUGUUAGCUAUUUUUUUAGAAGAUAUUUAUUUUCUAGGUAUAGUGGAACCUCUGAAGUUGAACACGUUACUGUCUAGUUCCAAAUCGCCCGAGUGCAGCUGGGAUAGGCUCCAGCCCUGUUUUCGGAGAAAAAUAUUUUAAAGUUUGCGAAUUUGCCCAACCUUCGAGCCUGUUGUGUUUGUGAGGGACAGGAUGACAAGCUGUGACUUGCUUGGAGAUGUCACCCCUGCUGGUGUGCAUUUAUAGAUAGCUAGACUCCGAAUAUAAAACACAUAGGUUUCAGACUUUUUUAUCUUAUAUUUGGGUCUAUACGGUACAUUGCGGAACCCUGGUCAACCUCCAAUUUUAUUUGAUCAUAAAAACUUUAUUUGCUGUACAGGCAAUGUUUUAAAUAAUGCAAAAUGACUCAUGCAUUGAUUAGGACAACAUAAAAACAUGUGUUCUUACUAUAACACAUUCAUAGGGAUGUAACGGUAUCAAAAUCCCACGGUACGAUAUUAUCACGAUAUUAAGGUAUAAUAUUAAAGUUAAAGUACCACACUAGGUGUGGUGAAAUUACUCUCUGCAUUUGACCCAUGCCCUUGUUCCACCCCCAGGGAGGUGAGGGAAGCAGUGAGCAGCAGCGGUGGCCGCGCUCGGGAAUCAUUUUGGUGAUUUCACCCCCAAUUCCAACCCUUGAUGCUGUGUGCCAAGCGGGGAGGUAAUGGGUCCCAUUUUUUAUAGUCUUUGGUAUGACUCGGACGGGGUUUGAACUCACGACCUACCGAUCUCAGGGCGGACACUCUUACCACAAGGCCACUAAGCAGGUAAAUUAUUGUGGUAUAUGUUUAAAAAAAAAUACUUAAAAUGCCAUAGUGUGCAAAAUGAAGUGGCAGAAAUGUUUAGAAUAAACACACUUACUGCAAUUGAACACACACAUAAUGCUAAAAAUAUUUUUAAGUACAAAUAAUUGUGCAAGUACAACCACUAUUUCAAGCAAAUAUUGAAAAAAACCUCACAGUUGCAUGUCUUUAAAGUGACAAUGUAAAUAAGCAUCCGGUGUAAAACAAUGCUCACUUAAGUGUCUUUCAACUUUUACUUUCUGAGAACCAGUGUCCUCUAGAGUGGAUAUGUUUAUAUCCAUCCAUCCAUUUUCUACCGCUUGUCCCUUUCGGGGUCUCGGAGGGUGCUGGAGCCUAUCUCAGCUGCAUUGGGGCGGAAGGCGGGAUACACCCUGGACAAGUCGCCACCUCAUCGCAGGGCCAACACAGAUAGACAGACAACAUUCACACACUAGGGUCAAUUUAGUGUUACCAAUCAACCUAUCCACAUGUGCAUGUUUUGGGAGAUGGUAGGAAGCCGGAGUACCCGGAAGGAACCCACGCAUUCACAUCAGUUUGGAAAAUGCUGUUUUGCAGAAAGGUUAACUAAUAAUUUAACUUGUAAUAAUACAAAUACCUCACAAACUGAUGUUUAGCUUCACUGGCUUCUGGGUGGCGACUUGUCCAUGGUGUAUGCUGCCUUCCGCAUGAUUGCAGCUGGAUGGGCUCCAGCCCCCCCUGUGGCGAUCGAGAGAGACAAGUGUUGGAAAAUAAAUGCAUUCAUUAAGGAUUCAUUAAGUAGCUUUUCAGUUUACUCCUAUUUCCGGCGGUGUACAGUUUUGUGGGUGAUUUCCAUGUGGCGUGACCGACUGGCUCUCUGUCAACUUAGAAACACUCCAGACGAAAGUGGCGUGCUUUUGCUUUGCAAAAUGCAGACUUUACCUUAACCAAAGAGGUCAUGUUUUCACCAGUGUUUAUUUGUGUGUUUGUUUGCGACAUAACUCAGUUAUGGAUAAAUGUUGAUGAAUUUUUCAGGAAAUGCCCCAAAAAACCAAACACAUUUAAUUUCCUUGUCGCCCCGUGCUGUGCAGAGGAUUCUGGGAGAUGUAUUUUAUUUUCACACCCGGCCAAUGCUAAAGCGGCAGAAAAAAACUACACACCAAAUCUUUGUUUUGAUGCCGUCACACGACAUUAUUGUGAAGACUUUGAAACCGCAAUACCGUUACACUCCUACACAUUUUACAUGUUUGCUAAUUUGCCCAACCUUUGAGCCUGCUGUGUUUGUGUGUGAGUGACAGGAAGACAAGCUCUGACUUGCCAGGAAAUACUUCUUCUCGCACCACCUGCUGGCUUGCCUACUGUAUAAAUACAUAGAUUCUAAGUAUAAGAACACAUAUUUUAUCUUAUCUUUUAUUUGGGUCAAUACGGUAAAUUCCGAAACCCUGGUCAAGCUCCGAUUUAUUCUUAUUUAUAAAAAUUGUAUUACUUAACAGGCAUUUUUUAAAUUCUAUUUUUUAUUCAUGUAAUUGGGACAACUUAAAAACAAUUUACCGUAUUUUUCGGACUAUAAGUCGCAGUUUUUUCUAAUAGUUUGGCCGGGGGUGCGACUUAUACUUAGGAGCGACUUAUGUGUGAAAUUAUUAACACAUUACCGUAAAAUAUCAAAUAAUAUUAUUUAGCUCAUUCACGUAAGAGACUAGACUUAUAAGAUUUCAUGGGAUUUAGCGAUUAGGAGUGACAGAUUGUUUGGUAAACGUAUAGCAUGUUCUAUAUGUUAUAGUUAUUUGAAUGACUCUUACCAUAAUAUGUUACGUUAACAUACCAGGCACGUUCUCAGUUGGUUAUUUAUGCCUCAUAUAACGUACACUUAUUCAGCCUGUUGUUCACUAUCAUUUAUUUAUUUCAAAUUGCUUUUCAAAUGUCUAUUCUUGGUGUUGGGUUUUAUCAAAUACAUUUCCCCAAAAAAUGCGACUUAUACUCCAGUGCGACUUGUAUAUGUUUUUUUCCUUCUUUAUUAUGCAUUUUCGGCUGGUGCGAUUUAUACUCCGAAAAAUACGGUAGUUUCUCACUUCUCAUCCUAAAAAACUUAAACAGGUGGUUGUCACUUCACAUUAAAACAUAACACAGCUUUCUUUCUGGUGAGCACUUUCUUACUAUUCAACUAUUGUUAUCAUCAAGACCAGGGGUGUCAAACGUACAGUUCGCGGGCCGGAUCGGGCCCGCAAACAGGUUUUAUCCGGCCCGCGGGAUAAGUUUGCUAGUUAUAAAAAUAAGCCAACAUUUUUGAAUUAAAGAAAUGGCUGUUCUAAAUGUGUCCACUAGAUGUCGCGAUAACAAUUAUUUGUAUCUUUGUAGAACAUGCUACAUAUGUAAAAAAAAAACAAAAAAAAAACAUGAUGUUAGUGCACCAGUCGAGGAAAAUGAGCAAACUGCAUAAAUAACAUCCUGUAAUUUGAUUUUGAUAUACCGUAUUUUUCGGAGUAUAAGUCGCACCGGAGUAUAAGUCGCACCUGCCGAAAAUGCAUAAUAAAGAAGGAAAAAAACAUAUAUAAGUCGCACUGGAGCCCGGCCAAACUAUGAAAAAAAACUGCGACUUAUAGUCCGAAAAAUACGGUAAUUGUUUUAUUUUGAUAGAUUAAAAAUUAACACCAAUGAGUUGACUGAUGAAUAUUCUCACAUAUUGUAUUCAGAAAGUAUAAAUAACGACAAAUAAAGAUAGAAUACUAUCAACCGCAACAUAUAAGUGUAAAAAAAAAACAACAACAUUAUGUUUUGUACAUUUUCAGAAUAUGCUUGUUCUAUUUUUAAACAAAGAAAACAAUCUGAAGUUGUCUUUAUUUUUAAGUUAUCGUGCCGUGAUUUUACCAGUCCGGUCCACUUGGGAGUAGAUUUUUUAUCAAUGUGGCCCCCGAUCCAAAAUGAGUUUGACACCCCUGAUCAAGACAGUCAUGUUGUACUAAGCA